AACAAUACCUUGGCGGCGCCUGCGCGCUGCGUACGUCAGUUUUGCCAACUCGGACCGCGCGGCACUACGUAUCGCUCAAUCGGGUUUUUUCGAAACGAAUUCGUCGUCAGUGACAUUUCCUAGAAAAUAGAAAAAGUUUCCGAUACGCGACUUUCUACAGACAAUUUAACCGCCGCAGUCGCUUGUUUAUUUAGAAACUGCUUGUGAUAAACUCGUAUUAUUAAAACGUGCAUUAUUCCAACAAAAAUACUAAAGUUCAAUAACGUUAAUGAGAAUUUGAAUAUUUAAAAGUUUUGUACUUGCCGGACUCUAUUGGAUGAUACGCUCACUUGAACGUAAAUCAUGGACCGCUGGGAGCGGCGCAGAUAGCGUGGUAUGAGGUAGAGGGUCGCGCGGCCAUGCCGCCGACGCGCCGCACUGCUGCCUAGCCACGCCCUCCCUGACUCCGACCCUGCACACUGAGAUGCGGCGGCAAGCUCGGAUCUCGGCGGGCGGCGCGCUAGUCGUGCGCUCCGCCUCCGCCCUGCAAGUAUGGCUGUGGUUGCUGAUAUUCAUAUUCCAAAACGAGUUUCGGAUAUCAAGGUCCAUUCAACCUGGGUACCUGGACUUCGACAAUCUCCCAGAGACAAACUUCACGUGCGCGGGUAAAGUGAUCGGCGGUUACUACGCCGACCUGGAAACCUCCUGCCAGAUGUUCCACGUCUGCACCGUGGGCCAGCAGGACGAGCCCAUGGACAUCAAGUUCCUCUGCCUAAAUGGCACUGUCUUCGAUCAGGAGACAAGAGUAUGUGAAAGAGUAGACGAAGUAGAUUGUACAAAGUCUGAAAAAUUCUACAGUUUAAAUUUAGAACUUUAUGGAAGUACUGCACCGCCGAUAAUACAAGCAGAUCAACCUAAACCACAAGCACAGUCGACAGAACAAUCUGUACAGAAAGCAAAACCGAGCCACGAAAGUGAAGCAGACCCUUCCCUAGACGAAUUUCCAACUACAACACAAAAUAAAGGACAGGAUCACUCAACAGAUAUAAUAGAUUCUACCGAAGAUCCAAUUUUGGAUAUAAAGAAAGAUGAUCCUAAAAUUACGCAAGACUUUUCACCUUCUCAUCAAUCGUUACCAAACCAUGGAGAAACUGGUGAAGGUAACUACGAAUACCAAGAUGAGGAAAUAGAUGGCGAAAAUACUGAAUAUGAAGAAGACUACUCGCAUUCACCGACUACAACGGUAUCUACUCCUACAUCGACCAUCACGACAACGACAACAACGACAAGGGCGCCGUCUACUACAACAGCGUCAUCAACAUCAACUCAUCACAUAUCUCCUGUACCUCAAUUAAUUUCUUCUCCCUCGCCAACGAUAUCUUCCGUGGCUCCAUCUCCUAUAUCUUCUUCAUCUGUACCUUCGGUACCCUCCCUGGACCCGGCUCUUCUUUCGCCUCAAGAAUUUAUAAACCGUCACCGCGGCCCUGGCUCUGAAGCUAUCUCAUUCCAGAGCUUCAGACCUGCAGACGGAGUAUACAUAACCCAUGCGCCACCGCAACAGUUUGAUCAUUUCCAAUAUGAAUCGUCAAGAACUGCCCCGAGACCGGCGCAACCUAGACCAGCACCUUUCGUACAACGACCACAGCCGGCACCAUUUCGUCCAACCACACUAGAUCCACGCGAUCAACUACUGCGGCCGGGGCCUACAUCCCAAUCUUCCGAAAGACAUGAAACGUCUGUAAAACAUAGGCCUCAACAAUAUCCUCCAGCUCUGCCGGCACAACGGCCAUUGCCUUUCAAUCCUUAUUAUUACGAUCGUAAAAGAAGUGACGAUUCGCCUCCGGAAGAUGAAUCGUCACUUUCAGCCAGAUCAGUGGCACCACCUACUGUAACAGAACGACCUCCGACGAAGCCUAAAAGUCCGCCCAGAGUUAUUGUUACUGCUAGCGCCUCUGUCAGCGACAGCAACGGAAAGAGAUUAAAUUAUACCGUCGGUAAUGUCGUUAGUGCUGUGAAGCCAAUCGUCGCUAUCAAUUACGAUGAUUACAAAGAAUCUGAUCUUAUAUUCGAUCCAUUCUUUCUCGAUGUGCCAAAACUACAAAAACGACGAAAGACUAGAUCCAAUAAAAAUAGAAGAAUAUUCACCAUACCCGCUACCGCAACAAUCUCAACAACAAAUUUAGGAACUGAGAAACAUAUUAUGACCACAUCUUCGCCCGUGACUUCGCGAGCAACAACAACAGAAAGGACGUCUACUGUUGCGCCUACCACUACGACAGUCGCUUGGAAUCCAAACGAUUACGUCGAUGAUAAUUAUGAGCCGCAAGCUUAUGUACCGCCCGGACCUCCUCUUGCUGUUAUAGUGGCUCAUGAUAUAUUGCAAAGUAAGAAACAGGAGAGACAACCUAACAAAGGCUUCGCUGAUGAUAAGAGUCCAAACAAGCUUAAAUCAAAAAUAGGUGAUGUAGAGCAGAGCAAGCUGACCGCGUCUGCCGCGCAGACAACCUCUAGUCAAUUGUGGAACGGCGGGCCGGCGCCCCCCGCCGCGUCCCCGCCUCCGCCACCACCUGUCGAAGCGCACUCCUGCGCAACCUCGGGCUCCACUCACUGUCGAACUCGUGCCUAACAAUGUAGCUCAUUUUAUAUAUUAGAUUUUAAUACACCUAGUUGCAUACUCUUUAGAUAGGUAGCCAAUUUUAAGAACUUUUACAUGCCUAAAUAGCAAUAUUUUCAAAAACGAAAACUGUUGUGCGAUGAUUGUUUUAAUUUCAGUGAUGUUUUUAUAUUGUUUUUAAUUUAAAAACAUCAUUGCUCAGUUCAUAGCAGGUACGUACUAUGACUUGCUUUAAGUAAAAUGUAGGAAUUAUUUAUAAUUACUUAUUGAAAAACUUCUUAUUCUUUUUACAAUUUUUGU